AUGACAUUAGCCAAUCCCCCGGCUGAUACAGGUAAUUGUGUGACCUCCGGCGACCAACUCCUGAUCGAAAGUGGAGCAUCCAGCAAUGUGCCAACAAAUAUAUGUGGAACCUUAUCUGGACAACACAUGUAUGUCAAUAUCGAUUCAACUACAACCCAACCUAAGUUAUCCAUAACGACGGGCAGUGCCACCUCGGCCAGAAAUUAUCAGAUUAAAGUCUCCUAUAUUGAAUGCAACAAUCCGAUGAGGGCCCCAUCCGGAUGCCUUCAGUACUUUACGGGAACCUCUGGCACAAUGCAGUCAUACAACUUCGGAGGCGGUGUUCAACUUCAGAAUCAACGAUAUCUGCUAUGCAUCCGGCGAAAAACAGGUUUUUGUGGAUUUCAACUCACGGAAAGUCAAACCUCUGCGCCAGAUCCGUUCAAUUUAUUCCCGGCCAUCAAUACCGUACUGACAUCAUGUACCAUGAACUUUGUCAGAGCUGCCAACAACCACUUUGCGGCGUCCACCAUUGCAGCCAUCGUGGGUGGGGCAGCCACGCCCAUUACGGUGAACAUACCGCAAGGUGACGAUCGAUGUGGUGGAGUUUUUGGAGCCAUCAAUGGAGAAACCACGCCAGGAGCGUUACAAUCCUCGCCAGGAUCUCCCUUCUUUGUGGAAUACUUUGUGGCCGAUGCCAAUCUAGCUGGAACACAGACCGGAUUUAGUUUGGAUUUUGUACAAACUCCGUGCAUGUAAACCAUCGAAAAAAUGUCUUAUUCAGACCCAUUGAACAUUAUUCCUUGCCGUGUCAAAUUCAAGUAAUCACACAAUAUGUCAAUGAACAAAACACACCAGUUUUUUUAAUAUGUCUAGGACUUUCGGUAUCUAUCCAAGAUUCAGUCCAUAAAUUCGAAAGCUCAUCUAUGUAAAGAGAGAGCAACUCGCAAGACAGGGAUCAAAAUAAGCUUCAUUGUCCACACGUAAAUCCCGGAAUGGCACGGCUUUUAAUUAUUAACUUCGAUUACGCGUGCCAAAUACAAAAAUAGAUUCCCGAUGUUUUUCUUUGCUCCUAACCCCAAACAUCUUGACCAA